CACAGAGCGGCCAAAUGGGCACUCUCACAGCAGUCUUGAGAUCUCCUGUAUCCUCCCAGCUACAAGUCACCUUAGCCAUGAUGAGCUGACAAGCAAGGUGGGAGAAGUACUUCUGUAUUACUGUUACUGUGAGGUGGAGGAUCCAGAGAAACUCUGUGCUUGGCAAAAGGCUCUGUGCCAGCAUCUGCAUCUCACUGGCAAGGUACGAGUUGCUUCAGAAGGGAUUAAUGGGACAGUUGGUGGAAGCAAAGUAGCUACCAGUCUCUACAUUGAAGCUAUGCUUUCUCAGCCUCUAUUCAAAGACAUUUUGUGCCAAGAGGAUUUCAAGAGCAGUGCAGGAGGAGCUCACUGUUUUCCAGACCUUCGAGUUGGAGUAUUCAAAGAAAUUGUACCUAUGGGCCUUGAUCCAAAGAUAGUGUCUUAUAAGGAAACUGGAAUACAUUUAUCCCCUCAGGAAUUUCAUAGAGAAGUAGAACAGUAUUUGUCUCAGGCCAGUCAAGGACAAAGCGAUACCAUCUUGCUGGACUGUAGGAACUUCUAUGAGAGUAAAAUAGGACAUUUCCAGGGCUGUCUGGCUCCAGAUAUCAGGAAGUUCAGCUAUUUUCCCAGCUACAUAGAUGAAAACAUGGAGCUUUUUAAAGACAAGCGUGUCCUGAUGUACUGCACGGGAGGGAUUCGUUGUGAAAGAGGCUCUGCUUACCUACGGAGCAAGGCAGUGUGCAGAGAGGUUUACCAGCUAAAAGGUGGAAUUCACAAGUACCUGGAAGAGUUUCCAGAUGGAUUCUACAGGGGGAAGCUGUUUGUGUUUGAUGAUCGUUACGCCAUUUGUUCCAAUGAAGAUAUCAUCUCAGCAUGCAGAUAUUGUGGGACCCUGUGGGACCAGUAUAAACUUUGUUCCAGCCAGCACUGUCGGCAGCUUGUCCUGACAUGUCCAGGUUGUCAAAACAGAGGUCUUACAGCUUGCUGUUCUGUUUGUCAAGAGAAAGAGCUCAAGGUGACUUCAAGAGCUUCAGGAGAGACACUUAAGGAGGAAUGUGAAUGCACAAGGAGACGGCCGAGGGUACCUAUUGAACAAGUCUCGCAAAGGACGCUGGGUGCAGGAAAAGAUUAAGCUGUUUCAUUAGCUAAUCUGACACGUGCUAAUGCGAAGAGCUUCUAUAACCGGAUCCCUAUCUAUUAUUCAGUUAUGUUUGGAAUAAUGAAAAAGUGUUGGCUUGGAAAGUCUUUUUCAU